CUUUCCGCAAAAACGUGUUUUUCCGCAAAAACGUGUUUUUCCGCAAAAACGUGUUUUUCCGCAAAAACGCGUUUUUCCGCAAAAAUGUGUUUUCCCGCCAAAACCACAAAAACGUGGUUUCCUGCCUAAAUCGCAAAACUUGUUUUCCACAAAAACCACAAAACCCGUUUUCCGCCGAAACUGAAAAAACUCAUUUUUUUUCAAAAAUGCGUUUUUUCGCCAAAACCACAAAAAAACGUUUUCUCAUUUCAAUCAAUUUGGUUUUAACUUAAAAAUAAUUCAUUAUAAAGAUGUUGGGUCGAUAGGUCAACCAUUAACUCAUCUAACCUAUUUAAUUUAAUGGGUCAUGGGUCAACCCAACCCAUUUAUUAAAUGGGUUGGGUUGACCCAUGACCCAUUAACAAUAAACCCAUUUGGGUUAUGGGUUGGGUACCCAUUUGACCCAUUUUGACACCCCUAGGUGCAACACUGACCAUUUUAGCUGAGUAGACAUAAUUACUAUAGGCCACAAGGAAACUUUUAAAUAAUUAACCUGGGUCAAUUGACACACCAUGUCAUAACGUAGGUCCGCCUCUGCUUUGCUGUGUGUAUAACUGUAAGCUAUCUGAUCAUAUGAAAUAAACCAUAAUUUCUAUGAAUAACCAUAACAUGCAAUUUCAAACCAAAGAUGUUUCGGUUCAUCUUGACAUAAUAGUUCAAUCAACUUUAAAAGCUUAUAGAAAAAUUAUAUGUGUUAUUGUUGUAGGACUACAUACACUCGGGCAAAGGCCUUGGUAAUACUGCUCAACUAGAAAAGUAUGCAUGGAUCCAUUAAUUAGGAUUUACUGAGCUUGAAAGAUCACCAUCCUCUAUAUUGGCUUGAGGCUUUCACAGUUAUGCUUCUCUUGUGUAAAGUUUCAUAGCAUAGCACGAUAUCCUCAUACAUCCAUUAACUAGUCAUCCACAAUGUAUUAACUGUUAAAUUUUUUUAUGGACAUAAUCUAUCAGGUAUAUAUAUUCUACCCAAUUAUCUCUUUCGGGUUUAGACAGUAAUAUAUAGUUUUUUAUGGACAUAAUCUACCAGGUAUAUAUAUUCGUUUAACAAACUUAUUAAUAUACUCUAAAUAAAAAGUUAUAAUUUGUGGUCUAUUUCAACUUUUUGAUAAAAAAAAAAUUGAGAGAUUUAGAUUUAGUUUAGUUGCAUUUGUGUUUUUCACUUUCAAAUCAGCUCUAAUAUAUGUGUGAAUUUUCUUAAUACUACGAAGAUUUGGGCCGAAGCCCAGUUUUGGGCUGAAACCCAUAAUCUGAAACGAAACAUAUAAUAUGUAAUAUUAGUUUUACCUAUAUCGUCACUCGAUCAAGUAACUUCUGAAUUUGUCCUAUGGUGUUUGUUCAUUUGAGCUAACACCACUCAGAAUGAUAUUUUUUAAAACCAAUAUAUAUAUAUAUGGCUAAUUUUGUUCAAAUACAAAACUUAUUCACAUGUUAAUACCGAAACAAAUCUAUCAACUGGUUAUAUUUUAAAUUUUGCCAAAAAUGGGUAAAAUGUAUUCAGCAUGUCUAUUACUAAUUCUUUAUUACUAGUUCAGAUUAAAAUUUAUUUAUUUAUACGACAUUUGUCACAUAUAUUUUAAAUCUUUCACGAAAAAGUAAAGAUUUUGAUUUAAAUUAUUUACAAUAUUUAACUCAAAAUGAAAUCAGCUUUACUAAGAAAAUUCAGUAUAUGUAUAUAAAAAGAUUAUUUCUUAUUCAAAUACAAAAUUAAUAAUUUGUUUAUUAUUUUUAAAACUUUAUAAUUAUAUUUUGAAAUAUUACUAAAAAAAGCAUUAAUAUAUAUUCAACACCUCUAUUACUAUAUGUAGAAAUGCAUAUAUGUUUACUAUUAACUUAAUUCAACCCUUUAAUACAAUUUUGGAAGAUUUAGAAUUAAAUUAGUUGCGCUAUUUUUAUUUCAAAUUAAAUUAUCUUUACUAAGAAAAAAUAAGAAUAUGCGUAUAAGGAUAAAUCUUUUGGUCAAAAUACAAAAAUUAAUCAUUUUGACCAAUUUUUCGAUACCGACAAAAAAAUGGGAUUACAUUCUAAAAUUUACCAAGACUAUUAAAAUGUAUUAAAUUUCUCAAUUAUUAUUCGUAGAUUUUAAUUUAUUUAUUAAUUGGUACGAAGACUAAAUAAAAUAGAAAUGAAGUAAUUUCUUGGUGAAGAUAAACCAAAAAAGUGUAUAUAUACUAGUCCCUGGUAUCAGAUUUGAAGAAAACAUAGCAUUGCUUUCCCUUAAUUAAACCCUCCAAACAUGCAAGUUUAAACAAUAGAAAAAAAUAUUUCCAACCUUCUUCUCACCAAAAAAAAACAUGUCGACCAAUGAGACUUUAACUGAUUCGCAACUUCAAAUGGUUCCCGCCUAUGGCUCUUCUUCAGACAUCAUGAGCGUCGACGGCGAAUCCUCUCGUACGGCUUCGUACAAUGAUCUUGUCCAAAACCCUUAUCUUUUCUUGGACAAGCUCCGUGAUUUUCUCGAAAAAAUUGGCAAAACUCUGGAGUUUCCUACUGUGUGCGGAGAGAGUCUGGAUCUGCAUCAGCUUUUCGUGGAGGUCACAAAACGAGGUGGUCUUCAAAUGGUGAUCAAGAAGCGUAAGGCAAAAGAAGUGACUGAAGCAUUUAACUUGAAGAAACCAUUGACCAACGCAGCAUAUGUUAUAAGGAAGAAUUAUCUGAGGAUGCUCUUUGAAUUCGAGCAUGUGUAUUUCUUCCGACAACCAUUUUCUUCAUUCUGGGAGAGAGAAGAAGAUGUGAAGCGCCUUGUGGAGAACAGUGCACAUGACAAAGGUAUACAACUUGGCUCCAUGAUUGAUGAAUGGACCAUCGAUGGGAAGUUUGACGACGGCUAUCUUGUGACCGUAAAGAUGGGGGGAUCACAGGAGCUCAAAGGAGUGCUUUACCACUCUGCUCCUCGCGAAACUCCUCGGAGACGCAAGAAGAAAGCAAAACUGUCUCAUGUGGAUUCUUUGCGCCCUAAGUUCCGCAGAAGCGGUUAUAACUUCUUCUUCGCCGAGGAGCACAAGAGGCUUAAGGCUGCGUACGCUGGGCAGGAACGUUCCCUCCUCAAGGAGAUCGGGAACAAUUGGAGGAACCUCUCUCCAUCUGAUAGAGAGAUUUAUCAAGGAAAAGGGGUUGAGGAUAUGGAGAGGUACAAGAUGGAUAUGGCUGCGUACAAAUCCUUCGUUGAUUCUUAUAAUGCGGCGGGAAGUGUUGCUGCGACUGAUGAUGCUGUGGCUGAGGCUGAAGUUGAGGCUGAAGCUGAGUAUGAGGCCGAGGCGGGUCUCUAGUCUGUCUUAUCUGCUUGCACCUUUUUUUAUUUUUCAGCAUUUUAUAAUUUAAUAAUAAGUUGUAGAGUUGGCCAUAAAUUUACAUGCGUGUAAUCUUUGCCAACUUUUACAUAAGUUGUUGUCUUUCCUUUGUUCUUUGUUCUUUUUUUUUUUCUGUUUUUAUGUUUCCCUUUGAGAACUUUUAAUUUAAUCAUAAGUUAUUUAACUUUCUUAGUAUUUUAUUUCUGCAAUUUUUUUUAUAAUUUUCUGCUAACAUCAAUUUUAUGUAUUAAGGCAUGAUACUAGCAGAAAAGGGAGAUUUUUCUAGUAUCAUGGUUUUAUCCUGGUUGUUUUUCUAAGUUUCUAGGGAUAUUUUCGUUUUUGUUGGUUUUUGUAAUCGAAGAGAUAUUGCUCCGGACUUCGUUGUUAUGGUUAGUACAGAUUGUUAGAUGGGUUCUAGAGUAAAAACUUUGGAAGGAAUUUUUUCUGAAACAGCUUUAACCAAAGAAAAAGAUAUAUCUUCAUCUCGAGAACCUUUAUCGUGUAAACAAUUAAGGUGACUGCAGUCCGUUAUGAUGCAGAAAAACAUUUCAAUUGUUAAAAAGAGUGAAACAAGAUCAUUCUGAUAACAGUGUAUUUGUAACAUCCAACCAAAUUUCAGUAUGGACUUCAUCAUAGAUUUAUCUUGUAAUCGUAUUUGUCAUAUCAUAUUUUUUAACAGAUUAUAUUGUUUCUCAAGAGCUUGUUUUGUUUUUUGGUGUGAUGUAUCAUAUCAACAUUUAUGUUAUCGUCUUUGAUAGACAAUAUUGAAUAAAUAUAUAUAUUUUUUGUAAAAAAGAAUAAAUAAUUUUUAAACAAAAAAAAGCAUGAUCUUAGCCAUAAAUAUAAUACAUUCUGAAUUAAAAUGUGUACAAUAAAGAAAUGCAUAACAAAAAAAUGAAUAUGAAUAUAAUAAAGUUUCUGAAAUCAGUGGAUUAGAGAUUUUAAUAUUUUCAUGAAAAUAUCUAACACCAUAUCCAACUCAUUCCUAUUUUAGAGAUUUAUAUGAUAAAAUAAGAAUGUUAUAAUUUUCUUCCAUUUAUUGAAAAAGCUAAUUUUCUUUUAUACAUAGAAAUUAAUCUAACAUUCAUGUAGAAAAGGAAGGAAAUAUAUAUAUGCCAUUGAAUACAUUGAAACAAAAUCUUAUCUCUAUUUUGUCCCAUCUUAGAGAUGAAUUGGAAAUGAUGUAAGCAGUUAAACAUCUAUAUUAUUAAAACUAAAGUACUUUUGAAAAUUGUUUGGAAACAUAGAUAUCAUUAUAAAAAAGAAGUAUAAUAUUGUUUGGAAACAAUGAUAGUAGUAUUUUUUUUUUACGACAAUGAUAGUAGUAUAUUAAAAAGAAAAAAAAGUUGUAAUAGAUUUACGUUAUUAAGAAAAAAUGGAAGUCCAUUAUAUUAUGAGAAACUGUCUAUAUGGGUCAGCUCUAAAAUUAAACUUUAUAUAUACAUUUCAAAUCAAAAUAAUAAUUUAAAAUU